AUGCACGCCGCCCUCCAAGAACGAGAAUUGCUGGAUCUCAUUUGCGCCGAAUUGCGCCUGGCCAGGACAGCACCAAGCAUGCGUGGGCUGGCGAGUCUUGCACGAACGUGUCGUGGCUUCACGGAAUCCGUGUUGGAUGCGCUGUGGUUUACGCAAACCAAUAUUCUCCCCACUUUCGACGUCUUUCCGGGGGACCUCUUGCACUGCGCCGGCCGUGCAGACGGCGGCUUUGAUCUGUAUCUCCGCCAACCACUUUGGCCGCACGACUUGCUGUAUGCGCUGCGAUAUACGCGUCGCGUUCGCCACCUGAUCUGUCCGCCGUACGAAUAUUCUGGCAUAUGGCUUCCUGGUUGCCGCGUGCCACUUGCACCGGAUUGCGUUGUUUCCAAAUGCGAGGGAGCUAAUCCCGGCCUUGAGGCACAGGCCUUCUUCCCGCAACUCAUCCUAAUCAUGAUAUCCGCUCCCCGUCUCACACAUCUUCAACUGCGAAUGGGCCGGCACUCUGCCUUGGGGUUCCUUUUACCAGUUGCCAGCAGGCUGCAAGUGCUCGUGCUCGAGUCCCGUGGCAUCUACGACCGCCUUUCUGAAUACCCGAUAUAUUCCGAGGUCAAUCCCAUGGCGCCUCAGCUGAGGAACAUCCGGGUGCUUGCCAUCGGAAAUCUGGACGACGUUGGCCUUUCCCAUAUCGCAGGCCUGCCGCACUUGACAGAACUGGAGCUGCGUUUCCUGGACGGGGGGGUUGACUCGGAAUACCGGGGGGCCACAUUCAUGAGCGAAGACUGCCAUUCAACGCUCUGCGCUUCCUUCGACUAA